AUGGCCGUGACCGCCUGCCAGGGCUUGGGGUUCAUGAUUUCACUGAUUGGGAUUGCGGGCAUCAUUGCUGCCACCUGCAUGGACCAGUGGAGCACCCAGGACCUGUACAACAACCCGGUGACAGCUGUAUUCAACUACCAAGGGCUGUGGCGCUCCUGUGUCCGAGAGAGCUCUGGCUUCACCGAGUGCCGGGGCUACUUCACCCUGCUGGGGCUGCCAGCCAUGCUGCAGGCAGUGAGAGCCCUGAUGGUGGUGGGCAUUGUCCUGGGUGCCAUUGGCCUCCUGGUGUCCAUCUUCGCCCUGAAGUGCAUCCGCAUUGGCAGCAUGGGGGACUCUGCCAAGGCCAACAUGACACUUACCUCUGGGAUCAUGUUCAUCAUCUCAGGUAUUUGUGCAAUCGCUGGAGUGUCUGUGUUUGCCAACAUGCUGGUUACUAACUUCUGGAUGUCUACAGCUAACAUGUACACCGGCAUGGGUGGGAUGGUACAGACUGUUCAGACCAGGUACACCUUUGGUUCAGCUCUGUUCGUGGGCUGGGUCGCUGGAGGCCUCACGCUAAUCGGAGGCGUGAUGAUGUGCAUCGCCUGCCGGGGCCUGGCGCCCGAGGACACCAGCUACAAAGCCGUGUCUUAUCACGCCUCAGGCCACAAUGUCGCCUACAAGCCUGGAGGCUUCAAGGUCGGCACCAGCUUUGGAUCCAACACCAAAAACAAGAGGAUAUACGAUGGGGGUGCCCGCACAGAGGACGAGGUACAAUCUCAUCCUUCCAAGUACGACUACGUGUAG